AUGCGCGGUCAUUGUCCUUCGUCUGGUGGAGCCCUCGUCACUGGUCAAAACAGCGUCCAUAUCACACUACUUCGUCAAGCUCAGCAAUCUGGUUCACUUAAUCUUUCUAAUCGUUCUCUGGUGACUGUUCCAAACGUCGUUUGGGAUUUGAAUGUUCCACUUCCUUCUGAUGAGCGAUAUGAUUUGGAGCGUUCCUCUGACGAGCCUCGUUGGUGGGAGACCGUACCGAUUACUCGACUUCUCCUGGCCUCGAACCUCCUUUCAUCCCUCCCGGAAGAAAGUAUAUCCAAACUGGAUACACUUACUUACCUUGAUGCGAGAUGA